AUCAGUUUUGGAGCCAGCAGACAUAUUGCGUUUGACACAUAAAAUAAUGUUAGUGUGUGUUGGGUGAUGUGCCCUUAUUUUCAAAGCACAUAGUGGCUGAACGAUGAUGGUGAGUUUGGCAAAAAUACAAUGUCUCCUGGCAUUUUGUUUGGUAACAACUAGAGCUGAUUUGGACAACGUAUGCCUGAUGAACAUUGGUAGACAGAUAGGGGACGACAUACAAUCACUUGCUAUUCAGUUAGGACUAAGUAAUGCAGAUAUUGAAAACAUUAAACAGCAACAUGUUACUGGGAAUUGGGGAUUUCAGGUUUUGAAUAAGUGGAAACAAAGGCGAGAUAAGCAUGAAGACAUCCAGCAGUUGCUUGCAGAGGCACUUAGAAAAAUUGAAAGAGUGGAUCUUGCACAACAAGUUCUGGAUUGCCAAAGUGAAACGUUUUCUGACGAAGGUAUGACGGGAGCUAAAAGAAGUCACAUUGAAGGAAAUAAAUUCCCACUAAUUGCAGGGAUCGUAAUUGCUGGGUUAGUAUUGGUUAUGGUAUCUAUAGCAGUAAACCUCUGGAUGAGAGAACGGGUAGGGGUUUCCCGAGGGGAUUCAGAUGCUCUAGAUCCCGUAUUGCUGGAGAAGAUUGGGAAAAAGAUAGGGAGUAAAGUGCAAUCCCUUGCAGUUCAUCUUGGGCAAAGAGACAACAUUGAAAAUAUAAAAGCAGGCGAUCCACAUAAUGCGGGGAAUUGGGGAUACAAGAUACUAGAGUCAUGGCAGCAAGCAACUGAGGUUCCUAACCAAAAGGAGGCACUUAUAAAGAUACUUAAAGAUAUAGGAAGAAAUGACCUCGCAGGAGAAGUCGAGACAUACACACCUUCUUGA